ACGCCGGCUUGAUCCUGGGGCUAUAAAACGAGUCCACCGUGAGCGCAGCGGAGCAGUAGCAGCUGCGGCUCCGUGCAGACGCCCAGCAGCCGGCGUGCCGCCGCCCGGCAGCUCCAGCGCCUUCUUCCCCCAACCUUGCGCUCCAAGCCCAACUCGCGCUGUCGUCGGACCCCGGCCCAUCCAGUCGCGCUCGGCGCCCACCUGGCGGACGCCCAGGAGACACCCUGCCUUCGUCGCAGCUCCUGCAGAGCUGAUCGUUCACCUACCCCGGCCCGCCUGAGGACGGGGGUGCCUUCAUGCGGUGCCCACACUCCUCACCCCGCCGCCGCCGCCGCCCCCGAGCUCCGCACAGUGCGCCCCAGCCUCAGCAGGGCGCACAACUUUGGAAGUCUCGCGGCGCUCCGAGAGGCGGCAGGGUCCGCGCCCCAGCCCCGGGCCGGGCCCGGCCAGAAGCGCAGCGUCUGGGGGAAGCCAGAGAGUCGGUAAUCGCUUCGGGGAUAUAAGGAGACAGACAUAGGACCCCAAGCUCGCAUCAGCACCCCUCGGCUGCCUCCCGGGGUGGGGGCGGGCCCCGCACACGGUAAGACCUCUUGCUUUCGCUCAGGCUCAAGAGUCAAGAUAUAGAUAUCGAUAUGUAUAUAUAUAUUUAAUUUCCUGUCAUCCUUCCAAGUUAUCAGGCCACCGAUGAUUUUUGUUCUCCCUUCUUGAAGAAUAAAUCUCUUUACCCAUCGGCUCUCCCUACUCUCUCCCGCCGCUUAGAAAUAAAACUUGGCUGUGUUAGGAGCUCGGAGCGAGAAGGCGCCCACCGAGAGCGUCCGAAGCGCGAGCCAGGCGCAGUUCGCGGGACCCGGGCCAUGGGCCGCUAGCGGUCCCCCAGCUCGGGCCCGGCCUCCCUGCGGCCCCCUCCCUAUGUGAGCUGCAGCCAGGCGAGCGGGGCGCCGGAGGAAGAGGAGGACCCACGGGCGCCGGGCCGGAAGGCAGCUGGCAGCAGGCCCAGGCGAGCGGGCGCCCGCGUUCAUGUUCCGCCAGGAGCAGCCGCUGGCCGAGGGCAGCUUUGCGCCCAUGGGCUCCCUGCAGCCGGACGCGGGCAAUGCGAGCUGGAACGGGACCGAGGCGCCGGGGGGCGGCGCCCGGGCCACCCCUUACUCCCUGCAGGUGACGCUGACGCUGGUGUGCCUGGCCGGCCUGCUCAUGCUGCUCACCGUGUUCGGCAACGUGCUCGUCAUCAUCGCGGUGUUCACGAGCCGCGCGCUCAAGGCGCCCCAAAACCUCUUCCUGGUGUCUCUGGCCUCGGCCGACAUCCUGGUGGCCACGCUUGUCAUCCCUUUCUCGCUGGCCAACGAGGUCAUGGGCUACUGGUACUUUGGCAAGGCUUGGUGCGAGAUCUACCUGGCGCUCGACGUGCUCUUCUGCACGUCGUCCAUCGUGCACCUGUGCGCCAUCAGCCUGGACCGCUACUGGUCCAUCACACAGGCCAUCGAGUACAAUCUGAAGCGCACGCCGCGCCGCAUCAAGGCCAUCAUCAUCACCGUGUGGGUCAUCUCGGCCGUCAUCUCCUUCCCGCCGCUCAUCUCCUUCGAGAAGAAGCGCGGCCACGGCGGCCCGCAGCCGGCCGAGCCGCGCUGCGAGAUCAACGACCAGAAGUGGUACGUCAUCUCGUCGUGCAUCGGCUCCUUCUUCGCUCCCUGCCUCAUCAUGAUCCUGGUCUACGUGCGCAUCUACCAGAUCGCCAAGCGUCGCACCCGCGUGCCACCUAGCCGCCGGGGUCCGGACGCCGCCGCCGUGCCGCAGGGGGGCGCCGAGCGCAGGCCCAACGGUCUGGGCCCAGAGCGCGGCGCGGGCCCGGGGGGCGCGGAGGCCGAGCCGCUGCCCACCCAGCUCAACGGCGCCCCUGGCGAGCCCGCGCCGGCCGGGCCGCGCGACGCCGACGCGCUGGACCUGGAGGAGAGCUCGUCGUCCGACCACGCCGAGCGGCCUCCCGGGCCCCGCAGACCCGAGCGCGGCCUCCGGGGCAAGGGCAAGGCCCGGGCGAGCCAGUUGAAGCCGGGGGACAGCCUGCCACGGCGCGGGCUGGGGGAGACCGGGAUCGGGACGGCUGCGGCAGGGCCGGGGGUGGAGCGCGCUGGGGCCGCCAAGGCGUCGCGCUGGCGCGGGCGGCAGAACCGCGAGAAACGCUUCACGUUCGUGCUGGCCGUGGUCAUCGGAGUGUUCGUGGUGUGCUGGUUCCCCUUCUUCUUCACCUACACGCUCACAGCCGUCGGGUGCUCAGUGCCGCGCACGCUCUUCAAGUUCUUCUUCUGGUUCGGCUACUGCAACAGCUCGCUGAACCCGGUCAUCUACACCAUCUUCAACCACGACUUCCGCCGCGCCUUCAAGAAGAUCCUCUGCCGCGGGGACAGGAAGCGGAUCGUGUGAGGUUUCCGCCGGCGCCCGCGUAGACUCACGCCGACUGCAGGCAGCAAGGCACCAAGGAGUGCUCAGCCCCAGGGCACUCAGAAACCCGGGCCCUGUCUGCUCUGCGUUUCCUCCUCUGGGGUGGCUCUGCAGCCUCCUGCGGGCGGGCGUCUGCUGCUCCUACAAGGGAAGCGUUCUUGCUGCCAGACCCACGCAUCCCCAGUUGUUGGUUUGGCCACUCUUGACCUGGAGCCAUCUUCCCGGUGGGCCACCCCAAUCAGUAUUGCUUCCUGAAGGUAUUUUCACCUUCUUCCCCUGGUAUAGCCCUCACAGCUCUUCAGAGCAAGCACUGGACUACAAGGACAUGGCUCACAAAAGGUUAAUGGAUGGUUACCUAGAGGAUUACCUAGCCCUGGCUAAUUCCCCUUCCAUCCCCAGCUCUCUCUCUCUCUUUUUUAAAACCCACUCAGGGCAGCCCUGACUGCCCUCCCCACCACCCCCUCCACAAUGUAAAUAUACACUAUUUUUGAUAGUACACAUGGGGACCCCAUAUCUCUUGACCUUGGUUUUGACGGUGAAAUCCUGGCCUUGGGAGAGAUGCCUUCUAGGCAGACACAGCUGUGUGGUUCAGGCCAAGCCCCAUUUGCAAUGCAAGCCCUUUCUGGUGUUAUGAUGUCCCUCUAUGUCGUCCUUUUCACCAGCAACUGGUGACUGUCCCUUUGACACGGACCUGCUUUGAGAUUUCCUGACGGGGAAAAGAUUUCUGUCCAUUUUUUUUUCCUGUGCCUAACAGCAUAAUUGCCUUUUCCUAUGUAAAUAUUAUGAUGAUGGAUCAAGACAUAAGUAAAUGAACCUUUCUGCCUCACAUCAGCCCUGUGUAUAAAGCCAUUAUUCUCUGAUGCACUGUUCACCCCAGUAACUCACUUUAAAACCUCUCUUUCCAGUGUUCCCUCUCUCCCUGCAGGGCCACUGCUUGAAGAAGAAUAUGUAUGUUUCUAUCUUGUAUGUAUGUGCGCCCCUCCUGCCCCCAAAGUGCUGACUAUGGGAAAAUCUUUUAGCUGCUGUUUUUAGACACCAAGGAGUGGAAAUUAUGUGGAAGAAGCAAACCUGAUACAAUUUGCCCAAGGUAAACAGUUUGAAAAGACAAAUGGGCCUGCCAAACUGUACAGUUCCUGCCCCAAGAGCUGUUAGGUAUCAAAGUGUGGUCCUUUCCCCCCUCCCUGCUUUUCUGGUUGAGAUCAUGUCAUUGAUGAACUGCCAAAGUCAGGGGAGGAGGGCGGAGACCUUGUGUUUACAUCUGCGUUUCUACAUGUUUUAGACAGAGACAAUUUAAGGCCUGCACUCUUAUUUCACUAAAGAAAAACUAAUGUCAGCACAUGUUGCUAAUGACAGUGGAUUUUUUUUAAAUAAAAAAGUUUACAGAUCAAAUGUGAAAUAAAUAUGAAUGAAGUGGUCCUCUUGUCUGUUACCUGAGUUUUCAAAAGCUUUAAGGCUCUGGGAACAUCUGAUUUUGUGGAUUUUUUAAAAAUAAAAAAUGUACAUUAUAAA